UAGAUUGAAUCAUUUAUUGAUAGAAGAUCUAGGAUCAGUGCAAACGAUCAAGAUCAAAGAGAAGAGGAGCUUUCAGUGUGAUAUCAUACUGAUUCUCGUACUAUGGAACUUCAGGAAAUGUUUCGUUACGGCUAUAUGUUUCCACCACGCGAGGAUGAAGUCGAAACAUGUACGUACUUGGAAUUACCGAAUUAUACCAAAACAAAGUCUGGCUUGCCUCCAGUGAGCACUUUGACUGUACCUCGUUGCGUGUUAUAUGAAAGUAACAGAAGCGACGGCUGGCACACUCCAAGCCCUACGGCGAGUGUACGAUCCGUCAGCCCUGCUACGACACUCUCGAUUUCUUCGGAACCAGAAAUUAAUAUAAUCGGGGGUCCCUCCUAUCGUCUUUUAUCCGGGACAGUGGAAGACCAAAGAUAUACAACCAAGAGAAUGGCUAAUAGUACUGGUUGUGUCGUGGUUGGAAAAACACGAUCCUCGCGUUUGGACACCGUAGAUCUUGGAGAAGAAUUGGAUGUGGAUGCUGAUGGGGAAGCUGAACACGAUAAAGCUCAGUCCUGUCGUGGAAGCGUCAUCAGCAACUCUAGUGGUCUUUCGGACAGAACAAUGGAUGCUGAUAGCGAAGACAAUGAAGAGACAAGCGACGGUCCUGAUUCAGCCGGUAAUCCUACUUCUUCUGGACGAGAUACAAGGAGACGAGGCAAAUACGUUAGCUCUACAACGGUUAGGAAACGAAGACUAGCUGCCAAUGCCAGAGAGAGAAGACGGAUGCAGAAUCUUAACAAAGCUUUCGAUAGGUUGAGAGCUUAUCUACCUUCGCUUGGAAAUGAUAGGCAAUUAUCCAAAUACGAAACUCUUCAAAUGGCACAAUCUUACAUCACGGCACUUUACGAUCUUUUACAAUAACGAUCAUUUGAUAGGAGUUGCUUCAUCUUGAAUCUCUUUUCGAAUUUUUAACAAAUCAGAUAUAUAUAAUAUCAAUCGAAUUAACCGAUAUACUUUGUGACAAACGAAAAUAUCAGUAUUAUCUUGAACAAUAGGGUAUCGAAUGAUAAUGAAUUGUUUUUGAAAACGAGAUCAUGCAGGCAGCAUUACGCGUACAACCUUUCUACAGAUAUCAAUCAUAUCCUCUGUAUAUACUAUCACCCACCGAUAACUUGUAUAUUUUGUACGAUAGUCUGACUAAUUAAGCGAUAAAUAAAACUAAUUAAACCUUGU